AUGGCGGGUAGUGGGGGGAUGGCGGAGUGGUCCGAGGGUGCUGCGGUGUGGUUCCAGCCGCCCGGAGCCCCCGCCCCGCUGCCCGGGGAGCUGGUGGAGGUCCACCGAGCAGCAAGGGUGCUGCUCGUCAGCGCUGUUGUUAAUGGACAGGCUCAAACCUUCGCCUUACAAAUGGGUAACGGUGACGAAGAAGGUGAUCCAGUAUGGCCUCGGGAGGAACUGGGUCCUACUGGUGUGGAAGACAUGACUCGUCUCCACGAUUUACACGAAGCAGCCUUACUAUGGAAUCUCAAGUUAAGAUAUGAACAAGGUCUCAUUUAUACUUACGCUGGCUCCAUAUUAGUCGCUGUGAACCCUUAUAGACCUGUGGAUGCGCUGUAUGGCCUGCCAACUGCUAGAAGGUACCACGCUGCGGAAGCGUUAGGUGAUCUUCCUCCACAUCUGUUUGCAAUAGCAGCCGCAGCCCGAGCUUCACUACCUCAUCCUCAAGCCAUUCUGAUAUCUGGUGAAUCUGGUGCCGGGAAGACGGAGUCCACGAAGCUAGCUGUACAAUUCCUAGCAGCUGUAGCCCCAGCACCGCCCGGAAGAGCUCCAGUAUCAGAACAAAUUCUAGAAGCAGCACCGUUACUCGAGGCAUUCGGUAACGCGAGAACGCCAAAAAAUCAUAACUCUAGUCGUUUUGGUAAAUUACUAGAACUAUACUUUAAGGACGGCGCGCUAGCCGGCGCGAGAGUCGCACAUUAUUUGCUAGAAAAAUCACGUAUUGUGACACAAUCACCCGGAGAAAGGAAUUAUCAUGUGUUCUACGAGCUGCUGGCCGGAUUAGACGAGGAACAGAGGAAAUCACGAGGACUGUUGACGGCAGAACAUUACUUUUAUUUAAAUCAAGGCGGUGACUCGGGAGGUGCGGGUGCGGGAGCCGAUUGGUCGGCUCUAUGUGGCGCCAUGCAAGUUCUCGGGAUUGGUGACUCUGAACGAGAGGAUAUAAUUAAAGUCCUAUCUGCUGUACUUCAUUUAGGAAACGUUUACUUUCAUAGAAGACAGCUCAGGCAUGGUCAAGAGGGUGUCCAACUGGGUGGAGGGGCGGAAGUCCGUUGGGCUGCCCAUUUACUGAAGAUCCCGGCUGAAGAAUUGGCCAGAGCUCUCACGACAAGGGUAACUGCAGCGAGGGCAGAGCGUAUGCGAUCUCCCUUACCGAUUGACCAAGCUUUAGAUGCGAGAGAUGCGUUCGCUAAAGCACUGUAUUCAUCCCUAUUCAGUUGGCUUGUCCUUAGAAUCAAUUCGAUAGUCCAUCGAGCCGGACUACACGACGCUCACCGGAUAUCUCUCCUCGACAUCUUCGGCUUUGAAGACUUGGAAGAGAAUUCGUUCGAGCAGCUCUGUAUUAAUUAUGCUAACGAAACAUUACAGCAUUAUUUUAAUAAACAUAUAUUUAAAUUGGAGCAACAGGAAUACCAAAAGGAAAGAUUGGAGUGGUCUAACCUUACGUGGAAUGAUAAUUCUCCAGUUAUACAACUUCUGAGUAAGAAGCCGGUGGGCAUUCUUCAUUUGUUGGAUGACGAAAGUAAUUUUCCACGAGCGUCAGAUAAUUCAUUCCUAGAAAAGUGCCAUUAUAACCACGCUCUCAACGAGCUGUACUCUAGACCUAGAUUAGGAGCUAACGAAUUCGGGAUAAAACACUACGCAGGCCAGGUUUGGUACAACGUGGAAGGUUUCCUGGAUAAGAACAGAGAUGCUCUGAGGGCGGAUGUACUGGAAUUACUCUGCAGUAGUGAAGUGCCGCUUGUUGCGGAGAUGUCAACACAACUUCGAGCACAACACGACGCUAAUAAGACAUUACCGAGAGGAGCCAAUGGAAGAUUUGUGACUAUGAAGCCUAGAACGCCCACUGUCGCUGCAAGGUUCUCGGACAGCCUCCACCAGCUGCUGGAGUCAAUGUCCAGGUGUAACCCGUGGUUCGUCCGCUGCAUCAAACCAAACACAGACAAGUCAGCGAUGAAGUUCGACAUGCUGUGCGUCCUCACGCAACUGAGAGACACCGGCAUGUUGGACACCAUUAAGAUAAGGCAGACGGGAUACCCCAUAAGGAUACCCUUCCAGGUGUUCGUGGAGAGAUAUAGGUACCUUCUGAAGUCAUCUCCGCCUCGCUCCACGCCCUACAGAGAGAUCUGUAACUCCAUCCUCGCUGAGAUGCCUCCCACUGGAGCCGUUACUAAUAAAGUUGUGGUAUUAGUGGGAGCGGAUUUCCAGUUGGGCGCGGCGCGAGUGUUCGUCCGCGAGGCGUUACACCGCGCCCUCGAGCGAGCACGCGCUGACAAACUAAGAGCCGCUGCUACAAUACUACAGGCCAGGAUACGAGGCUAUCUUGCAAGGAAACGCUACAAUCAAAUGCGUAAAUCCGCCAUCCGUAUACAGUCGUGGUGGAAGGGUUCCAACGAGCGUCGCCGCUACGUCAUCAUGAGGCGAGGCGUGGUGCGAGUGCAAGCGAUCGUACGAGGGAGACGAGCGAGGCGUCUGGCCAGGGACCGGAAGGAACAGAUGAAGAGACGACUGGAGGCGCAGCAGGCAGCCGCCAAACGCCGCGCGGCCGAGCAGAAGGCUAAAGCGGAGAGUCUUCAGGUUUUGGAAGUUCCGGCUGAACUGGCCUUCAUACUGUCUAAGAUAGAUGACUGGCAGCCGCCGCAUACAGAUAGGAAUGUGACCAAAGUUUCAGAUGUAUACGUGGAGGAGGAGCGCAUCCAACUGCCUCGUGAUCUAGAACAGUUCGCGUUCUCUAAGUUCAGUUCGGUGUACUUCGCGGACGGAGGACAACUCAGUCCAAAGAAACAUCCCAUCACCAAGCCCUUCCUUUCCAAAGCAGCUGUCAGGGAUCAAGACUUCAAUGACGCUGUGGCGAUCUUCAAACUGAUAUUGAGAUGGUGCGACGAGUCGGCUGCCGGGAAUGAGACCAGGCAAAAGGUGGUGGCUGACUACAUCUGUUCCCGCGGCAUCAGUUCCCGCGCUCUCCGUGAUGAAGUAGUGGUUCAACUCUGCGGCCAGGCGGGCUUGGAGCCGCGCGCCUUCCGCCUCCUGGCGCACUGCCUCGCAGCUUUCCAGCCGGGCCCGGCGCUACACAAAUAUCUCAUCCGUUUGAUCUCCGAGCGAGCAUCCGGUCCAGAGAGGAGUCGUCUUCUCCGUGUGUCGUGUGGGGCGGAGGCUGCGGCGGCGAGGGUGUCAGGGCUCCCGCGACGGACCCCACCUACACUUCUGGAGUGGCGCUCCGCUGACAACGAUGCUCGACCGGCCAUACCUCUCACCCUAUAUGAUGACACAGUCCAGACGGUGUGCGUUGAGUCGUGGACCACGUGCGAGCGGGCCGCCGCCAGCGCCCUCUCUGCUGCGGGCGUGGCGAGGAACGCGAGCGGCUGGUCGCUCACUAUGGAACAUAACGGACAACUUACUGAGUGGGCGGGAUGCGAGUAUGCAUUGGAUGCGAUAGGAGAGAUAGAGACCUGGCCGGCGCUAGGAGCACGCUCGGAGCCUCUGCGGGCUACACGAUCGGCGCCUGCGCCCCCGCCCCGCGCCUCCUCUGUGGAGGAUAGGCGCCCGCUGGUUCCACCGCCCGAGCCACCGAAGUCCCGGUCCCCGAGCGUCCAACACAUACUACACGAAGCUAUACCUGAGAACGAGUCAGAAUAUACGUGGAAGAUGGAGGAGGAGCCACGGGAGAGGGGCGCGAGACACGCAACGGACUACUCGAGGAAGAUAUCACACGACAUACUGUCCAGGGAGUCGGCUCUCAACGAACGGUACUUCGAACAGACGACCGACAAGAUGAGGAGCCGCUCACUAGACAACCUGCUGGGUGACAACCCUGAACCGCAGCAAUCCAAACUGACGGACCUAGGGUUGUCCCAAUCUCGCCUCAACGACCGCUAUCACUCGGUGGAGAGGCUGGGAGGUGCGCCGAGUGUGUCCAGUAAGGGCAUCGAGCCGGAGUACGGCACCGGCCGAGCUCUGCCCUCCCGAUAUAUAAAGUCCCAGUACGCGGGCAAGCGUGCGCCGGCCGGCUCGCAGUCAAGUCGCGCAUACAUCGAGAAGAGCUCGGAAUUCGGAGGUGUUCGAUCCUCCGCGAUGUCGGAUACCUCUGAGGCCCCGAGCCUGGCGUCUCAUGUGCGUCGUGUCCGCGUGCCGAGUCAGGCGUCCGACGUGGAUCAGUUCCUGGACGAUCUGUUCUCCCCCGUCCUGGACCCCAACAUAGACGAGCUGUCCGACGCUCGCUCACUGGCCGCCAGCAUCAAGGGCGGCAAGGACUACAGCACCUUCAUAGACGACGUCCUCUCGUGCUCCUACACGGAACAAAUAGACACGCUGAACAGCAGCGAUGACGUCACCAAGCUCAUUAAGGGCGGAGGACACGAAGACGGGAAGACGAGCAGGAAACAAUCCAACGUCGACUCAGUAGACGAUUACAUCACCAACCUGUUCGACCCGAUAUUCAUGAACGACAGUCUGAAGAGACUCACGGACGGUGAGGGGCUCUCGGGGGCCAUUAAGGGUGGUGGCGCUACACCGCGCGGCUCGGGAGCGAACACUUCGGCGCUUAGCUUCGGUGCUAUCACACUGCCGCCGUCUAUGCCCGCGAUGCCGGCCACUCCGGAGGCGCUGGCGGCCGCUUUGGGCCUACACCUGCCGCCUCCCGGCACGGUCGACAUCAACGCAUACCACCAAAACCUACAAAGAGCUUUUCUACAGAACGCAAUGGCACAGAAUCUUCAAAUUCAACAGCAGCUUUUGGCUCAGAAUCAAGCUUUACAGACACUUUUAGCAGGUCAAGUCGUCGAACCCUCAGAUUCGGCGCCCACGUCACCGGUGAGGGCGUCCACUGUAGUGCACGCACAGAUACACUCGCCGCCUAGAAAUUCGGUGAAGUCCAGAAGAGAAUCCAACGAAAGUAGUGCUGGAGCCCCGCCCCCACCUCCUCCACCGAUGCCACCGCCGUUACAUGAUAUGGAUCCUUCGGAGGCCAGGCCGUUUAUAGACCCUUAUGGGCGAGCCAAGACGGUCCGAAUCGGUAAAUGGCGAUGGCCGCCACCGAAGGACGCUGUGGGACAGGAGACUCCACAAGACUUUACGAAGUUUAAAAUGAGACAGGUUCAAAGGAGAGUCACGCCGCAGGCGCAGUCCAAUGGAAUAGACCAUGAACCACCACGAGGACGGUCACGGUCUGAGGUCACCACUGGCAUAGAAUGGGAAGAGUUCGAGGUGGACGGACAGAUACCAGCACACAGGGAACCACCUUCACAGAGGACGGCUCGACGGAGUUUCGAAAUAGGAGCUCAGAGACCGUCGCCCGGGAGCGUGGGCAAGUUGAAAUUGAGCUCCGAGAUGCGGCAAAGACUGGAACGAGUCACGGCGAAUCACUCGGUCAGGAGUACGUCCUCGGCCGCUGAAACUCCACGGACUGUUAAUAAGUUGGAGGAUACAAGGAAACUCAUGCUCGAACGUCAGCUGGGUGGAACGAUGAGGUGGGACGCGCCCCCUCCCCCUCUGCCCCCCGCGCCGCCCGGGCCCGCUCCCCCUCCCCCCAUGUCACCGCCUUCCCCACCAGACAAGCCGGCGCCUCCACCACCGGUUCCCGAGGCAUCUUCAACAUUCGCACAACUCAGACGCGACAGAGAUACCUUCGGCGUCCAUCAGAACAUCGAAGCGGAUGAUCGCCACGCCUUCUUAGCGAACUGGAGCUCCAGAAGAAAAGAUGACAACGAAUCAUCUCAUGGCGACGACUUGGCGUCACGGUUCCUGACGUCAGACAGGAGAGAGAGGAGAGUGAAGGACGACUGGGGAGAAGAGUCCGACGGACGGAGUUACAACGAUGAGAAAAGUAACAUGGGGAGAGACGAAUGGGACUCGGAGUCCACCGAGAACAGAAGAGACAUACACGACAACGUGUCAGGACGCGGCCCUUCAGAGAUAUACGAGAUACACCCGAUAAGAGCGGAGAGGAGGAAAGAAGACGCGGACAUGGAGGACAGGUUUGACAGAAAACGAUCAGGAAUGUACGACGACUUCGAAAGAUACGACGGCAGAAAGAACUCGCGAGACAUGUUAGUGGGGCGGACGAGAGACAGCCCGCGGUCGGAUGUUAUAUACCCGCCUGAUAACAGUGACACUAUGAAGAAAAACGAGCGACCCACCUUCAAGACACACAUGGCGCAGAAGGAAAGGAACAGGAAGAUGGAGGCUGAAAGAAGACAAUCUGUUUCAACACACCUCACAGAUAAAACGGAUCUCAACGAGCAGACGCCAGCGCCCGCAGCUUUCCUUCCCUCAGACCGGUCGUUCCUCACGUACCUUCGCGUGCCGUGGAAACUACGAGUGAGGAAGGAGGUGUUCACACCGUUAGAAACAUACAACGAACCUGCCAUACUGGAUCUACUGUACGCUCAGAUCGUGCACGACAUAACAUCAUCUAGUCCGUCUCUCCGCCUCAGCGCGUCCGAGCGUCGUGCGGGCGCGGCGUGGUUGCGGUCAGCGGGCGGCGCGCGCGCGGCCACCAAGCGGCAGGCGGUGGACAUGGCUCGCGAGUGGCCGUUCUACUUCGCCAGAUUGUUCUCGGUCAAACUCCCGCCGGGAGAGAGCGCCGUGCUGGCCGUCUCACACAACGCUGUCACUGUCGGUGUUAGAGGUCCCAGCGGGCUGGUGGUGCGUCGCUCGCUGCCCCUGUCUGGCCUGAGAGCGGCCGCUCCCUCCGCGGGCACCCUGCAGUUAUCUCCCUCCAGAGACCCUCCCCUCACCCUGCACGCGCCCCUCGCACACCACGCACACGCUCUCAUCGUGGAAUUCGCCUUACAAUACUCACAGAGCUUUCAAUACACCAUAGAGAGCGUUCAGUCGGCGAGUGACCGCGCGCCCGCGCGCACCAUGCCGCGCCCGCGUCUCUCAACCGCCAUGAGAGAUAAUUGGCGCCAUUUACAACGCGUGUACGGGCUCGAGGUCGAAGAUGACUUCCAACCGCUCAGACGAGCCCCUAGUUUAGACUCGCUUAUCAAUUCCUCCGAAGGCGCGUCCAGCAACGAUGCCUCGGCUCCCGAGGAUUCCGAUUCCGGGGCCGACACUCGUGAUCCUGAACCGUCGCGACGUAAAAAGUGCCCCCAAAGUUUCUCGUCCUCGUCUAGCGGCCACAUGGAGACGAUCCACGAAGAGACUACGGAACCAAAAGUGUCCGUGAAGGAGAUCCUCGCACGCUUCGAGAACUUGACCGAAAAGACGGACAUCCAACAGAAGCCGACCGUUAAUGGGAUAUCGAGUGGAAAGGAGAAAAUUGAACGAGAAACGAGAGAAAGAGACGUCCGGGAUUCAAGAGAGGCGAGAGAGUCCCGGGAAUCGAGGGAAUCCCGGGAAUCGAGGGAAUCCCGGGAAUCGAGGGAAUCCCGGGAAUCGAGGGAAUCCCGGGAAAUACGACAGUCGAGGGAUGAAUCCGAAAUGGACUUACGAGAGAGAAGAGGACAGACUUCAUCGCCAGUGUCGAGGGAGAGAGAGAGGGAUAGAGAAAGAGACAGAGAUAGAGAAAGGGACAGAGAUAUGAGGGAUGACAGGAGGGAUCAGACAACACCACAACAUGAUGGCCGACAUCCGCUCCUGCAAUUCGCCGUUGACCACUUCCGGCAGAGUCCUGAAUUGGAAAUCUUAAAAGCGGAUUCGUCACUCAAGAGUAAGGCGAAACGGAAUGAAUGGACGUGGAAGGCCCAGACGGAUGUGGUCAAGUGGCAGGCGACGCCGCUGCGGGCUCCACUACUCCGCCUCCCGGCGGCGCUCGCCCCGCCGGCCCUGGAAUGCUUCACGUGCAUCCGAGCCUACUGCGGCGACCUGCAGCCCCCUGAACGAGCCAUGCAUCAGGAUCUGACGGAAGUUAAAUGUGUCUAUACUGUUCUCAUGCACUGUCACUCAGUGUCGGAGCUCCGUGACGAGGUGUACUGCCAGCUGAUGAAGCAGACCACCUCCAACCGCUCGCACGCGCCCGACUCGUGCCAGCGAGCCUGGAGGCUCAUGUCCAUACUGUCCUCAUACUUCACAUGCUCCGAGACGCUCAGGCCGUUCUUGGUGGAGUACCUGUCAGCGGCGGCUGCUGACCGGCGUCGACCCUGCCAGGGCACCGCGGCCGUGUGUCUCACUAACUUCAGAAAGACCAUGAGGUGUGGGGGCAGGAAGAAUGUACCCAGCGUUGAGGAGGUGACGGCUGUAUCAGCGGGCCGCUCCGCUCGCCGGCAGCUGUACCGUCUGCCGGGCGGCGCGGAGAGGGUCGUCAACACGCGGUGCGCUACUGUGGUCCAGGAUAUAGUGGACGAUCUAUGUGAACUAAUCGGCGUGUCAAGUCCGGCGGAGCGCGCGGAGUUCUCCCUGUACUGUAUCGUGGCGGGUGAUGCACUCACCAUGCCUCUAGCGGGAGACGAGUAUGUACUAGACGUGACCACAGAGCUACAACGAGCAAGACAUCCCUUCUACCUCAUCUUCUGUCGCUCCGUGUGGCACCACCCGCUGAGGACAGACGCGCCGCCGCUAUAUACUGAAGUGCUCUUCAAUCAGGUGGCUCCGGACUAUCUAGAAGGACUGCUACUAGUUUUACCAGGUGGGGGUGCUCCGGCGGCGGGGGUGCUCCGUGACGCAGCCGUGGUGGCAGCCCUGCUACACCGUGCGGCAGGCCUGCCAGACGCACCACACCCCAGGGACCUGAAGUUCCUUCUACCGAAACCUCUCCUCGCGCUUAAAGAGCCGCGACCCAAUAAGUGGGCGUCGUGGGUCGGUAACGAGUGGCCCAGUGUGAGGACACUGUCACCUGCCUCAGCUAAAUCCAAAGUAUUACAAGUGUUAUCCCGCUGGUCCCUAUUCGGGUCUUCGUUCUUCGCGGUGAGGCGCGUGCAGGGCGGCGAGUGGCGCGAACAUGUACUGGCGCUCAACAGACGAGGCCUGCACUUACUGCACCCUGCAUCACACGACACGGACGCACACUGGCCAUACGCGGACCUUAUUUCCACUAGGAAGGUCCGUUCAGAGGACGGCACUUUAUUCCUGGACGUGAAGUGCGGCUCCCUACUGCAACAGCGGGUGACUCGUCUCCAGGCUGAACAAGCUCACGAGAUAGCGAGACUCAUCAGACAAUACAUAGCGCUGCAGAGAGACAACAGGGACGGAGACGCAAGGAACUCACCGGCAAAAUUUUAUCAAGCAUAA